UUUUCGAUUUUCAUUUAGCGGACAACCGGAAGUAGACAGAGAAGGCGUUACGUCUUUGGCAAAAAAAAAGAGAAGCUGCGUCGAUGCUGGGACUUUCCGGAUCGACUGAAUAGCGAGGUCCUCUGCUGUUAAACUAAAGAGGAACAUCCAUUAUCCUUCCGAAGAAGGAUUACAUUUUUCUUACUGUUUUUUUAGUAUCUGAUUAUGGCUGCUUAGACGCCUACAAAAGGGAUGUCCGAGAUGGGGGGAGGGGAUUGAGAGCACAUAUCCCAUGGUCUGUGUGUGUCCGCGCGCUUGAUUUAUUUUGUUUAUGUUCGUACUAAUGGUCACAAAUCACAUGUUUGAAUGGUUUCAUAAUAUAUUAGUCAUGUCUGAUCUACAUUUUCUAUAUAAUAAAAUGUGUACGGAUCCAGGGUGAUAUAAUAUAAUAAUUGAUGCAUUUUAAUUACGCUUUUUUUUUUUAAAUGCCUGUCCUUUACAGCACAUGCGUUUGGUUGGAUGUAAAACAACUUUGACUCAAACUGAAGAGUUUAUUGAAGAGGUAGUGCUCAAUACUAGAUACAAGUAAAUGGAAUCCAGGUGUACAGAAUAGCCCUCGGUUAUAUGUAGGGCAUGUGGUGGUGAUGAUGGUUGUUGGACGGGUAGUUCAGUUUCUUUUUCACUAAGUUUCGCACUUAGUCAGGCAUGACUUUCUAUUUGACUAACUCUUCUCUGUUUCUGUUUUUUGAGUUAAACCCACUUCUCCCCCUGAUUUAAAUAUGUUGAUGUUGCCGUAUGAGUGAGUCUAUGUGUGAGAAAGUGAGACCGUGGGUUUUCUCAAACCCCUCUCCCUUGAAGGACAUCUCUUUUGCCCUCCAAUUUCUAAAACUUUAAACUCCAAAAUGGAAACUCUUGUUCAACUCAAAAACAACCAGUUUUUGAAGGGUUUGUUUCGCAACGGGUCUCCUGCGGAUCUGCAAUAUGAUAACUCAUCAGAGCUCUUCCGCUUUUCUACCUUCGCUCGAUUUCCUGCUUCGGGAGUCACUGAGCGCAGUCUGGCGAGGGCGGGUUGGUUCUACACUGGCGUGGGCGACCGCGUCCAGUGUUUCAGGUGUAACGUGACGGCAGAGGGCUGGCAGUCCGGCGACUGUCCAACAGAGAAGCACAGACAGCUUUCUCCCACCUGCUCCUUCAUCCAGAGCCUCCCGUCUACUACCAACCUGCUCUCCUCCUCUCACUCCGCCUUCUCCCCACUGCGCAUUGCCCCAGCCGUACCACUUUCUGCUCCAGGCCCAGCGGCUCCUAACCCGGCAGUGAGCCAAGGUGAAGAGCCAGUAGGCUACCUCAACAUGGGCUUCUCCGCUCCACCGCCCUCCAGCCCGCUCAGCUCUCGGGGCGUAGAGGACAUGUCCCACCAGAGACCAACAUGCCACAACCCCAGCAAGCGCAGAGAGCAGGACCGCCUGGACUCUUUCCACCCGUGGACUCUCUCCAUUAUAACUCCAAGUGAGCUCGCCAAGGCCGGCUUCUACUACCUGGGCCAGGGCGACCGCGUGGCCUGCUUCAGCUGCGGUGGACAGUUGAGUAACUGGGAGCCGGGGGACCGAGCCGUAUCGGAGCACCAGAGGCAUUAUCCAAACUGCCGAUUUGUGCGCGGGGAGAGAGCCGACAACGUGGCAACAGCCGUGUCUACGUCCGGGGGAGUGGCUUCUCAGCUGUCCUCAGGAGCCGCAGCCCUCAAUAAUGUGUCUAAUCCCGCCAUGCAGCAGAGCGAUGAGAGGCUGCUCACUUUUGUCAACUGGCCUGCUCGCAUCCCCGUCAGGCCGGACCAGCUGGCUAAAGCUGGCUUCUACUACGUUGGCCGUAACGAUGAUGUCAAGUGUUUCUGCUGCGAUGGAGGCCUACGAUGCUGGGAGUCGGGAGAUGAUCCGUGGGUGGAACACGCAAAAUGGUUCCCACGGUGUGAAUAUCUGAUACAGGAGAAAGGACAAGAGUUUGUUCACCAGAUUCAGGCUCGCUUCCCUCGGUUGUUCGAGCAGCUUUUAGCUAAUGGUGACAGCAGCUCCAGAGAGUUUGUGGAUCCACCUGUGGUUCACCUCGGUCCAGGAGAGGAGCGGUCCGAGGACGCCGUCAUGAUGAACACCCCCGUGAUUAAGUCUGCUUUAGAGAUGGGCUUUGAGCGAGGUCUCGUCAAGCAGACGGUCCAAAGCAAGAUCCUCACCAGCGGUGAGAACUACAGAACGGUCCAGGAGCUGGUUCUUGACCUGCUGAGUGCCGAGGACCAGAAACGGGAGGAGGAGCGAGAGAUGAUGGCGGAGGCGAUGGCAUCAGACGGUUUCACCUUUGUGAAGAGACACCAGGCGACGUUGAUCCAGCGUCUGAAGAGUGUGGAGCCGGUGCUGGAGCAUUUAAGAGAGCAAAACGUUUUGUCUCCCGAUGAGUAUGGCGGUCUGAAGGCCCAGACGUCGGCUCAGCUGCAAAACGCCAAGCUGAUAGAGCUCGUUCUCACCAAGGGGAACGCUGCGGCCGAGGUCUUUCGCAACUGGAUCCAGAAAAACGAUGUGCACCUGCUCAGAGAUCUCAUGGCCCAAUCAAACGAAGCUGCAUCACCAAGCCAAGAUCUCUCAGACCUCCCCAUGGAGGAGCAGCUGCGGCGCCUGCAGGAGGAGCGUACCUGCAAGGUGUGUAUGGAUAAAGAAGUCAACAUUGUCUUCAUCCCAUGUGGACAUCUGGUGGUGUGCAAAGAGUGUGCGCCAUCGCUACGGAAGUGCCCCAUCUGCAGAGGCCUGGUUAAAGGCACGGUCCGAACCUUCCUCUCAUAACCAGGAUCCCUCAUUCUCACAGCAAUGUGAUUGAAUGUAAGCAAUAUGGUACAGGUUUAUACAGCUGACAUACAUUACUGUAAGUGGAAGUAGUCAUAUUUCUGGUAUUACCGCUAUUAUCAUUGUUAUAUUUACUGAUACUAUUAUUAGUUUUCUUUUGUUUCUCCCUCUCCUUCUCUUAGGGAUAUUCAUAAUUAUCAAUACAAUCACCUUUUAUUAAAAAGUUGAGUAAAUGCAAUGGUGUCUUCUGGUCCCUUAAAGGAGUAUAUCUGGUUGACCUUGAUGCUGAACUCACCUCAAAUAUGCUGUGGCCCUUGCCUCUGUGGCAAUUAUACAAUCUUGAUAACUUUGUACUGAUCUUGCAUCUCUCCUUUUAUAACGGGACACUUGCUUAUGUAACUAAAUGAGCAUCCAUAUCUCUGCGCCAUUCAGUUUAAUAACUAAAUUAGCUCAGAUUGUAGAACAUUUGAUUAAUCAAACAGUAUCACUGUUAACGGGUAUGUUUUCAGUAAUGUAUGAAAUCAUGUUCAUUGAGUUGUAUUUUAAAAACAUGUUUCUUUUAAAGUCUGAAGUGAUUUAUAGCUGAAAUGCCAAAGUUAAUUACGUAAAUGACUUAUGCUAAAGAACUGUAACCUGUUACAAAUCCCUGACUUUAUACUGCAUUAUGUACACUGAAGUUUAAGUUCUGCACAAUGAAAAGCCUUUAGUAAACAUAACUCAUGUAUGGAUGAAUUCAUUUUCCAUUAGUACAGGUGCUACAUUACUGUUUAAACUAAAAUGACAAUUACCAGCUACAUUU